AUGGAUAAUCAGAAGUCGCCGAAGCAACCAACCUCCCAAGACUUCACCAAAUCCGCCUUCAAGCUUCUUGCAAAUCCUCACAUUGAACCGACGGUGGAAUUCAUCGCCGCCCUCACAAAGCCACCGGAGAAUCCAGAAGAUAAAGACAUCAAGUUCUUUUGUUUCUGCGUCGCCAAUUACCCGGGAUGCUUCUCCCUCAAGCUCAUGCGUGUCUACUCCUCGAAAGAGCCACGCGUCCCAUACGAGAUCAGAGAGGGUGCGAUGAGAUGUCUCCACGUUAUCUUCAUCAUAGAAGAAGCCUCCUUGAAUUUAGCAGUGGUUCACAUACUCUCGCCUAUACUCAUAUCAUGCCUUGAAGAACAAGUUGUCUCGGACACCAGUUUAAAGAUUCUUUCAAUGCUCGUGAACCGUGUCGCUUUCGAGAUAUUCACCAUUCAGGAAGAAACGUGGUAUGACCUGCGUGAGUUUAUCUCGUCUAAAGCGGAAUCAGAGUUUGUGAAAGUGGUUUCCGUGUUCAAGAGCUUGUCGAUGCCUUUGGAUGGAGAGGAGUUUUUGAUUCCUCUCAUGGAGAAUCUUCUUCCAGCGAUCUUGAAACGUUUAGGUGACAACGAGGAAGAUAGUUCGGGCCAGUGGGGUUUAGCGUUUGUGGGUGGUUUCUGUGCGGCUGUUCACUUGUUGGAGACGACACGUGUUGAUUUGGUGGAGAAUCUUGCGAAUGAGAUGUUGAAAUCGGUGAAGAGAGGAAUGGAAUUAGGGUUUCUUGGGAAAGCUCUUAGGGAUGUUGAAAUCGCUGUAGUGGAACAAUUAUGGUGGUAUUGUACUACAGAGUUCAGAUUCGUUUUGGGUUUGAUUCAAAGGGUUGAGGCGAUUGUCACUGAGGAGACAACAAAGAAUGUGUUGCAGAGGAUUAAGAUAGUUGUGAAGAAGAAGAUGCUUGAAUAUGCUUAAGAGAUUGAUAAUGGUGACGAAGAUUGUCAGCGGGAAUGUUUUGGUUUUGGUUUUGAUUUUGAUUUGUGUAGUUUGGGUGUUUACAUUCUGGAUGCUUCCUGCACAAGUAAACAAAUUCUUAAGGGCGGACGAAAACACAAACCCUUC